CUAGUCGUUGCCUACUACCAGUAGGCUGUUUCUUUCGUCGUUUCUGUGAAGAUGGGAAAGCCAGGAGGAUGGAACUCGCAGGCUGGUAUACUCACGAACCUGCUUGACGGCAACGUCAUUGCCAUUGUCCUUGCGGUGUUUAUCACUUUCAGCGUGCCCCUUCUGUUGCACUACAUUUUCUAUCGAAGAGUGGUAUCGCCAGGCUGCAGUAAUUUCCUUCUUCUAGGCCCGAGUGGCGCUGGCAAAACUGCCCUGUUCUCACUGCUCGAGGCCAAAACGUCCCACCUGUCAAAGAGGACUUCGCAAUUGACGCAUACGUCUCAGACGUCUACAGUAGCCACAAUUGCUCUCCCACCUUCAAUUCCAACUGCCUCCAAUCGCUAUCGGUCUGUCAACGACCCCUCGCUGAAGGAAAUAUCAAGGAACCCGAUAAAGUAUCGCCUAAAGGAUACUCCCGGCCAUGGGAAACUACGCGAGAGCCAAGGUCUUUCGCAAUUACUGUUAAUGUCAAAAUCAAAGGAGCCCAACACGAGACUGCGUGGUGUUAUUUUCGUGGUUGACACUGCCGCUCUUUCCGAAGAUGAGGCUUUGAGAGAUACGGCCUCUUAUCUUCAUGAUGUCCUUCUAAUCCUUCAGAAGCGGGCUUUAAACAGAGGCAAGUCCUCAUCGAAACUGGCAACAGAAAUUCCUGUCCUGGUUGCAGCAAACAAGCAGGAUCUCUUCACCGCGUUGCCUCCGGGUUCGGUGCGGGAAAAGUUGCAAGCGGAGAUUGACAGGAUCCGGAAAACCAAGAGUAAGGGAUUAAUGGAUGCUGGGGCCGUCGAUACAGAAGAAGACAUACUGGGGAAUGAUGAUGGACUGGAUAACUUCAGUUUCAAACUGUUGGAGGACGAAGUCGGUGUAACUGUCGAUGUCAUCGGGGGAGCUGUCAAGGAGGAUAACAAGGAGGAUCUUGGAUCUGGUGUACAGAAAUGGGAGGAAUGGAUUGGUAUGUGUCUGUGACCAAAUUAUCCAAGUAACUUUGGAAAUCUCGGUUUCAACUAUUGGAGAUACAUGAUACUUAGUUUUCCUUUUGUUUUUUGCCAUGAUGUUUCUGUUGGGUAACCAGUGAAAGAGAACUGUGCCCUCUCACUGUUCCAUCUAAUCCUGCGUAGGCUUUUGGCAAUGUGCAUACUCGCAGCCUGAUCUAUUGUCCUUGCGUUUUGACGCAUGGCAUCUGGAAAGAGCUGUGCAAAAUAUGUAUCUAUAUAUAUCUAGCAAAAAGGUGAGA